GAGCUGUUGCUGCCCCGCGGAGAGACCCCGCUGCCGCUGCCGCCGCUGCCGCCGCUGCCGCCCGCCCCUGCGUGCCCGAUGGACUCGGUGGGAGUCGCCGCCGCCGCCGCGCCCGACGCCGGGCCGGGCCCCGCCUGGCAGAGCAAGUGUCCGUGGGGAGCCCCUAGCACAACAUCAAUAUCAUGUUCUCUUGCUGAUGUAAUGAGUGAACAGCUGGCAAAAGAAUUGCAGCUGGAAGAAGAAAAUGCUGCUUUUCCUGAAGUGGUUGCUGCUGCUGAAGGACCAUUUAUUACAGGAGAAAAUAUUGACACUUCUAGUGAUCUAAUGCUAGCUCAGAUGCUGCAGAUGGAAUUUGACAGGGAAUACGAUGCACAGCUUCGGCGUGAAGAGAAGAAGAUCAAUGGAGAUAGCAAAGUCUCCAUAUCCUUUGAAAAUUAUCGGAAGGUGCAUCCCUAUGACAGUGACAGCUCAGAGGAUGAGGUUGAUUGGCAGGAUACCCGUCAUGAUCCAUACAGAGCAGAUAAACCUACUACUACACCAAGAAGGGGUUUCAUAGGGAAAGGAAAAGACAUUACUACGAAACAUGAUGAAGUGGUAUGUGGAAGAAAAAACACUGCUCGCAUGGAAAAUUUUGCACCUGAAUUCCAAGUUGGGGAUGGAAUUGGGAUGGACUUAAAGCUGUCAAAUCAAGUCUUCAAUGCCUUAAAACAGCAUGCAUACUCUGAGGAACGUCGAAGUGCAAGGCUCCACGAGAAGAAGGAGCACUCCACUGCUGAGAAAGCAGUGGAUCCUAAAACACGUUUACUUCUGUACAAGAUGGUCAAUUCUGGGAUGCUGGAGACCAUUACAGGCUGCAUCAGCACAGGAAAAGAAUCUGUUGUUUUUCAUGCCUAUGGAGGAAACAGUGCAACUGAAGAUAAAGUUAUUCCUGCAGAAUGUGCCAUCAAAGUGUUUAAAACAACUCUUAACGAAUUCAAGAACCGUGACAAAUACAUUAAGGAUGACUACAGGUUUAAAGACCGCUUCAGUAAAUUGAAUCCACGAAAAAUUAUUAGAAUGUGGGCUGAGAAAGAAAUGCAUAACUUAACAAGAAUGCAAAAUGCAGGAAUUCCUUGCCCUCAAGUGGUUAUCCUUAAGAAACAUGUCUUGGUUAUGUCUUUCAUUGGCCAGGAUCAAGUCCCAGCUCCUAAACUAAAGGAUGUAACGCUUAGUAGUGAAGAUAUGAAAAAGGCCUACUAUCAGAUUCUUAAUAUGAUGCAGCAGUUGUAUAGGGAGUGCAACCUGGUCCAUGCAGAUCUGAGUGAAUACAACAUGCUUUGGCAUGAUGGGAAGGUCUGGCUCAUUGAUGUCAGUCAGUCUGUGGAGCCAACCCAUCCUCAUGGACUUGAGUUUUUGUUCAGAGACUGUAGGAAUGUUUCACAGUUCUUCCAGAAAGGAGGCGUGGCAGAAGCACUUAAUGAGCGUGAACUCUUCAACGCUGUCUCAGGUUUAAAUAUUACAGCUGACAAUGAAGUAGACUUCCAAGCAGAGAUUGAAGCCUUGGAGAAGAUGAAUGAAGAUCAUGUGCAGAAUCAUGGAAAGAAACUGUCCACGUUUUCCAGUGAUGGAGACCCACCUAUAUAUGAUGAAUAGCACUUAGUUUAUAGCUGCUGAUGAGACAAAACACAGAUUUACUGCUUCUGACUAUGUUGAUGCAGUGAUAAAUGCCAACUGCCAUUGUCAAGAGAGUGGUUGGCUGGGAAUACUAAAAUGGAAAACACAGCAAGCAUAUGGUGAUGCCUCAGUGGUUUGCUUUUUUUUUUUUUUUUUUUUUUUUUUUUUUUAAGCUAAUCCCACACAUCAGGCUGGCACUGUGAGAAUGGAUUGUCACUAUCACUUUGAACAGACUGACAACUUCACCAAUUGCCCAGUUACAUGAGACUAAUGUAGCUCAGAUGGUCAUAUUUUGUGUGAUUGAGAGCAUACACGUCUUUUAGUCUAAAAAAUAUUUUGAAAUUAUCUGUAUUGUCCCAAGUAUUUAGUGGGAAAGCACAUUAGAAAAGUCCCUCUCGUUUUUACCUAAUGCAACUUGAAAAAGUAAUCAAACAUUGUCUAUGGACACAAUGUCUUUCAUACAUGUCCACCAAGGGCAAAAUGAAAAGGCAAACUGGGCACUGCAAUCAUAUGAAAAUGUUCAUUUAGCAAAGUAAUAUGUUUAUAAAUGCAAAAGUCUGGACUUCUUCAUUUGAACUACAGGGAAUGUAGCUCUAAUUAUCUCUGUAAAUACUGUUGGGUACUACAUGGGAAACAGAUUUGAUUCCAACCAGCAGAGGACUCCUGUGGUGAUAUGGCAGGAAAUCCUGAGUCAACGAUGUAUAAUAAAGAGUCAGUUCAGGUAGCUUUACUCUUAAUACACAAAUGGUUCCAAGAACUUGGUGCAAGCCAAAAAUAAAAUUAUAAUAAGCCUGUCUUGGGAGCAUCAAGUGUUCUUGCCCUAAAGAUAAUCAUAGAUAAAUCUGAGUAUUCUUUUUGCACCUAUAAGCAAAAAAACCCUUUACUUAGAAAUAAUGAUGACUUAGACUGGUUUCUACAGCCUAUUUAUUCUUAAUGUCAGUCUUUUUUUUCCCCAGCAGUUUAUAAAAAUCUACUGAUGUUUCUCUCUCCAAAAAACACAUGGAAAGAUGAUCUGAUGUGGUGAGAUAGUUUGGAAUUAAGGAAUUCUAGUCAACUUUUUAACUGAUUUCUGGUUUCUAGUUUCUGGUGCUGCUCUUUAUCAAGCAGAAUAUAGUGAUGCUAGAUGUGACCUUCUCACAGAGUGUGCUGUGAAAGUGACUUUUAAAUCUCUUUUUGUUGGGAAACUGGUGGUGAAGUAAAAUUUUAAGAUCUU